UGAAAAUAAUUCGAUCAUGGCAGAACCAUAGAAGAGAAGGCGGAGGAAUUCGAUGGAAUGACGCAGGAGGGAAAUCGCGGCACAGAGAAGAGUCUUCGUCGAUUUUAAUUCGAUUUCUUCGGCUCUUCAAAAAGUUGUAAAUUUUCGAUUUGAGAUCCAAUUUCUGUGUAAUGGGUGCGACGGGGAGUGAUGUAGAAGCAGGGUUCGCGAAGCUCCAAGGGGAGGAUUUCGAAUACUAUAUGCAAACUUAUUCCAUCAUUCUUGGCCGCAAUUCCAAGAAAUCCACCGUCGACGUCGACCUCUCCAGCCUCGGCGGCGGGAUGAACAUUUCCCGCCACCACGCUCGUAUUUUCUACGAUUUCACGCGCCGCCGAUUUGCCCUAGAGGUUCUCGGCAAAAACGGCUGCCUCGUUGAAGGGGUUCUUCAUCUACCCGGAAACGCGCCGGUCAAGCUCGAUUCUCAAGAUCUCCUUCAGAUUGGGGAUAAGGAAUUCUAUUUCCUGUUGCCGGUGAGGAAUAUUUUGGGUGGCCCGGUUGGACCCAGGAGUUAUUUGGGUCAUCCUGGCUCGGCGGCGCCGGGUCCUCCCGUCGCCGGGCCGGUGGUGCCUUCCCACUCGCACUAUAAUUUUCAUUUACCUGGCUCGGGAGGAGCGGCUGCUGCGGGGGCGAUGAUGAAGAAGGGGAGAGGACGAGAGUAUUACGAGGAGGGAUAUGAAGAUGAGGACGAAAUUGGUGGAAGUAGUGGCAAGAAGUUCAGGCGAGAGGGAUAUGGAGCCGGAGGUUCAGGAGGCAAAGCAGGAUUUUCCGGCGGAGUGGUUUCCAUGGACAAGAAAUUAGAUGGAAGGUCAAGAGUCGAUCGAGAAGCUGAUAAUCAGCUUCUCCAGGAAGAAAAAGAUGUGGUAUCAUCGGUAGCUACUGUGCUGUCUGAUCUUUGUGGCCCAGGAGAAUGGAUGCCUAUGGAGAAGCUCCACGCUGAGUUGGUCGAGCAUUAUGGUAACGUUUGGCACCAUAGUAGAGUGAGGAAAUACCUGACAUUAGAGGAUUGGCACGGUUCAGAAGCCAAGGAUAAACCAUGGUAUGGCCUGCUUAUGUUGUUGAGAAAAUACCCAGAGCACUUUGUGAUUAACACGAGAUCCAAGGGGCGAAUAACACACGAGUUUGUGUCACUCGUUUCACUGCUUUCGUAGAGUCUUAAACUAGAAUCGGGUUGCUCCCAGGAUCUACAAAACACCUAUGUAAUGAGAUGAUGAAGAGUUAGAUUCUCAAACCUCGUUGGCAUUGUCCUGAUUUGCAACCAGUAGGGAUUUGCUGAACUUCAUUCAUGUAAAUUAUAGCUCUUACUAUGAAAGUGGAUAUUGAUGAUUAGUUCUUAUUCACGUUCUUGACUUGUCCACGUGUCUAAUGACAUAUUUGGGAGUAACGUUGGCAUGACUAAUCUCUUACGAAUGCCAAAAGCACAACAUGUUUGACAAUGAUUUUUAA